AUCUCGCACGUCGUUGGUCGCCUAACACCGGGGUAGUUGUUUUUGUUGAGAACCAGGAAGCGUUCUUUUUGUCAUUCGGGCGUGUAGCAUAACGUAAAUAUUAAAAAAAAGUAGUGGCGUGUCCCGUUAGAAUACUUUUAAACCCAGUCUCGCCCGCUGACACGAUUCGAGUCAACUGAACUGAAGGGAGAGACUUUACUGGAUGGUUGGUACUUCUUCGCAGAAAUGGCGCUGGAUGAAGCAUCUCGCAGCUGUCUGUUGCGCUUCCGUCACAGACUGGAACAGGAUAUCAAGCCCUCAUAUCUUAUGGAUCACAUGAUCAGUGAUGGUGUGAUCAGUGUAGAUGAGGAGGAAAAAGUCAGGAUACAGCCAACCAGAAAAGACCAGGCUGCUUCUCUGAUCGAGCUUCUCCUGAGGAAAGACAACUGUGCCUUCAUCUCGUUCUAUAAUGCUCUGGUCAAAGAGGCAUAUGACGAUUUAGCCAGGUUGCUGUAUGACAACCUUCCACAGAUUUCCUCCAAUGGUUAUGAAAAGCUGUCUGAUGAGAACACGUCCUAUGUUCAAAUGCUGCUAAGUGAAGGUGGUGUGCCUCAGAGACCCGUAGUGUUUGUCAGCCGACCAGAGCUUUUGAACCGGCUUAGAGAGAAACUUUAUCGUUUGAAGGAAGAUUCAGGCUGGGUCACUGUUUUUGGGAUGGCAGGCUCAGGAAAAUCUGUUCUGGCUGCCGAGGCUGUUCGACACCAAGACCUCCUUGGUGAUUGCUUUCCUGGUGGUGUCCACUGGUUGUCCAUUGGCCAGUUGGAGAAACCUGACCUUUUGCUAAAGAUCCAGUCAUUAUGUUUCCGUCUGGAGCAGAAUCUGCAUUCCCACUCUGCCCAUCGUUGUCCAAACUCUUUAGAUGAGGCCAAGGAGCGUCUGCGCUUCCUCAUGCUCCGCAGAUAUCCGAGAUCUCUGCUGAUGUUAGAUGACGUCUGGGACAGCUCAGUGCUUAAAGUCUUUGACAUCCACUGUCGCAUUCUCCUGACCACCAGAAAUAGAGGCCUCACCGAUUCCGUUAGUGGGGCCAAGUAUGAGGUUGAAGUUGAGAGUGGUCUGGAGGAAAGCAAGGCACUGGAAAUACUGGGACUGUACACUGACAUCCAACCUCAUGGACUGCCUGAGGAGGCUCGGCGCAUCGUCGUAGAGUGUAAAGGUUCCCCCCUGGUGGUGUCGCUGAUCGGGGCUCUGCUUAAGGAUAAACCAAACCGCUGGCAGUAUUACCUACGCCAGCUUCAGCAGAAGCAGUUUAAGCGAAUACGUAAGUCCUCCUCCUAUGAUUACGACGCCCUGGACCAGGCCAUGGCUGCGAGCAUUGAGGUGCUGCCUGAGGAACAUCAAGAGCUUUACAAGUAUCUGACUGUGUUUGAGAAGGACAUCAAAAUUCCAGCUAAGGUUCUGUCAGUUCUGUGGGACCUGGAGGAGGAGGAGGUGGAGGACAUCCUCCAGGGGUUUGUUGACAAAUCCCUGCUUUUUGUGGACAAUAACAACAAACCCUGUCUGUAUUACCUCCAUGACCUUCAGCUGGACUUUCUGGUGGAGCAGAAUCGCAACCAGCUAGAGAGCCUUCACACUAAGAUGGUGCGUCAGUACCAGCAGCACUACAGAGAUGGUCCGCCGAUCUCCAAAGACAAAGAUUGUCUUUACUGGAUUAGGUUUUUGACCUACCACAUGGCUAAAGCUAGCCUUUCUCAGGAACUCUAUUCACUAAUGUUUUCUCUGGACUGGGUUUGCACCAAGGCCCAGAUAAUGGGUCCAGCCCACCUCAUCAAUGACUACAUGGAGUACGGACCAAGUUUAGACAAAGAGAACGAUGGCGUGCGUAGUCAUUUCCAAGAGUUCCUGUCCCUAAAUGGCCACCAGCUGGAGCAGCGUCCCUUUCCAGAUGUGGUUCAACUGGCAUUGUCUGAGCCUCAUACUUCAGAUGUUUAUAGACAGGCCCUAGUGCAGGCACUGGACAGAGCAAACAGAGGGAAACUCUACUUUGACUGGUUGAAUAAGAACAGCGUAGAGAAUCUGUCUCUCCUGGUGAUCCACCCACACCAGGGCUCCAUCAACUCAGCCUGCUUCUCCAAUGAUGGAACCAAGAUCGCCACUUGUGGAGCCAGUAAGACACUCAAGGUGUUUAGAAGCACCACAGGUGAGAAGCUCACGGAGAUCCAGGCCCACGAUGACGAGGUUCUCUGUUGUGCCUUCUCCCCUGACGAUUGUCUCAUCGCCACCUGCUCUAGUGACCGGAAAGUUAAGAUUUGGAAUUUGGAUCGUGAUAUGCUGCUGAGGGUCUUCUCAGAGGAGCAUGAAGAGCAGAUCAACCAUUGUCAGUUCACAAACCUGAGGAGACAAGUCCUCCUGGCUACAUGCUCCAAUGACAAGUUCUUAAAUGUGAAGCUGUGGAAUCUGAACAAACCCACUUGCCAAAAUACCUUGUUCAGCCACUUGGAGCCAGUCAAUCACUGUUGUUUUUCACCAAACGACACAUAUUUGUCUACAUCCUCCAACGAUGGCACCGUCAAGCUGUUUCAGGUGUCAUCUGCCAAUGUGUGGAAGACCAUCAAUGUGAGCAGCAUGUUCUCAGAGAGUGACGAGACAGUCCCGGUUAAGUGCAGCACCUGGACAGGAGACGGCAAACGAAUAGCAUGUGCAGCCAGAAACGCAGUUUUGUUGUUUGAUGUGGAGACGUCAGACAUGUUGUUAGAGAUCAAAACCAACCGUCUCAGCACAGUCCAGUACUGUCACGCCUGUCCCACUAGUAACCUGUUGGCCAUCGCUUUCUCCAACUAUGGUGUGGAGCUGUGGGACCUCGUGGCUAACAAAAAGAUGGCCGACUGCAGUGGACACCUGAGUUGGGUCCAGAGAGUUCAGUUCUCUCUGGAUGGCUCACAGCUGCUCUCCUGCUCAGAUGACCAGACCGUCAGGCUAUGGGAGACUAAGAAAGUUCACACCACUUCUGCCGUCUGCCUGAAGAGAGAUUCUGAUGUCGUUUUCAAUGAUGGAGAGGUCGUAGUUUCUGCUGCAGACAACUGCAACAGGCUACAGGUACGUGAGGGUCCAUCAGGAUCGCUGCUGUUCCAGUCGGAAGAAAAGUCGUCCAGGAUCAGGUGUACUUGUCUGUGCAGGCAGCCAUUUGUUGUGGCUCUGGGCCAAGAAAAUGGAACUGUACAGGUGUUGGAGUUGGCCUCAGGAAAGCCUCUGGCCACUCUGCAGGGACACACCAAGACAGUUCUUCACUGCAAGUUCAUCCACGAUGGCCAAACCCUCAUCACAUCGUCGGAGGACACCACCAUCAGGGUGUGGGCGUGGCCGUCUGGAGAGUGUAAAGUACUUCGGGGUCACAAAGAACAAGUCCGAUGCUUCUCACUUCUCUCCAACUCAGCAUCUGAGUCCCGACUCCUGUCCUGGUCGUACGAUGGUACCGUUAAGGUGUGGGACAUAAAAAGUGGAGAGACAAUGCGGGACAUCGACGCUCAUGUGGGAGCCAUUCUGUCCUGUCAUGUCUCGCCAGACGGCUGCUUUUUUGCCACUGCCUCUGCUGACAAGACUGUGAAGUUGUGGCUCUGUGAGACCUGGCAGUGUGUCCACAGACUCAGCGGCCACCAGGAGUGCGUCAGGAGCUGCAGGUUCUCCUGGGACAGUCGACGUCUAGCCACUGGAGACGACAACGGCGAGAUCAGACUGUGGAACGUCAAAGAUGGGACUCUGCUGAAGAUUUGCUCAAGGGACGGUAAAGACGGCAUGGACUCACUGCACGGAGGCUGGGUGACUGAUCUCCACUUCUCACCCGACGACUCCCUCCUGGUCUCCACCGGAGGCUACAUCAAGUGGUGGGAUGUGGAGCGAGGCGAGGCCUUGCAGACUUUCUUCCCGAGGGGAAACGCUCUCAAAAGGAUCCACGUGUCGUCGGACUUCUCCACCUUCGUCACAGUGGACAGCAUUGGUUUUCUCUACGUCUUGCAGAGAGUGGUCUGAGGAAGACACGGAAUGAAACAAAAAAAAAAUUUACAUUAAUUUAGCUCCUGACUUAAUUUCUGCUGUUCAACUCAACUGGGUCCAGAUUGGAGGAGCAGCUGUAAGGAGCAAUGAGGCCCAGAACCUCCACUAAUAGACCAGCACUUUCAGUCCAGAGGG